UGACGUCUCGGGGCCGCGAAAAGCUGGUAUCGCGCUUCGGGCUCCUCUGACUCCGAGUCGCCGAGACAUGGUGAAGGGCGACGGCGCGGACGGCGACGUCCUCCGGGACGACUCGAAGGACCGGGAGACGAGAGACAUGGCGGCCGACGGGGACGACGGAACGGGGCCGAGGGCUCGCUUGACGGCGGCCGCCACGUCGACGGAGAAGCCGGAGACGACCUGUGGCCCCAGGAAGGGCGAGGCUCCGUCGCAGACCACCAAGGGGAACAACUGUAAGCUCGUGAGUCGUCCUCUGGAGGGCCCCCAGGACGAGAACGGCGGACCCUGCUGGGGCAACCUGCCCAGCGUCAUCCUCCUCGAGGUCUUCUCUUAUCUACCGCACGAAAGUCGCAUCGCAGCAUCUCAGGUUUGCAAGAACUGGAGGUAUGCACUCUUCCACCCGACGUUCUGGAAGAAGAUUACGUUCACGCUAAAGGACGAGGACAACAUUUCUUGGGCCAGGUUCCUUGCAAACUGCUUUGGCCUCAGUGUACGAGAAGCCACGAUACGUUGCGAUUCUCCUGGGCGAUGCGUCGGCGAGGCUCUGUGGAUAUUGAAGAAGUUGAGCAGCAACACGCAUUUACGUAAAUUAUUCUUGGAGCCCAGCAGCUGCGCUUUUGAAUGGACAUGUCGACGUGAAGACAACAAAGACGAAGGGCGUCAGAUUUGUACGCGCAUAAUGGAGGCUUUGCUGGAUAUCGUGGAGAAUUCUAAUCAACUGGAGGCUCUCGGUUUCGGAUGUGCCGAAGACUUGAUGGCGAAUGCUGGAGCGAUCCUCGAGCAGCUGCAGAACUAUCACGCCAAACAUCUGACACAUCUCAGCCUUGCCUCUGUCAAGGAAGAUCCCGAUCACUAUGCCCUCCUGGAGCUGGAUUGCAGCGCCUUUAGAUCCUUUGUAAGAUUAUCCGUGCUAACGAUAGAUUACGAUUACGUUAGUGACACUUUACUCAAGGCAUUGGACAAUGGUACGAUGGAGAGGCUUGUGAUUCAUGUGCAUGGCCUAGAAGAGGAUCACCCUGGGACUACGAACAGUGCUUGGCUGUUGUUCCGGCAAAAGAAUCCUCGGUGUGAACUACGAUUGAACCUGGUGCACUCCUACGUCGCUGUCACCGUCCUGGACUCCGACAUCCUUCGUCCGGCGAUGCCGUUGACGCAUCUGAAGGUGCUCUUCUGCGAAAACGUGAACGUUGGUGCACUGCACAGACUAUCAGGGUGGUAUCCAGAUUCGCUGAAGUCAUUGAUAUGGAUAGACUCGUUAGAUCAAUCGCAGUACUUGCCUCCGACACAUGAUCCAGAUGAGCCAGAUAG